AUGAAUUUUUUUUUUUUGUUAAAGGACAAGAAUAAUAUUAACUUGGAAUGUUUAAACAAUGAUAAAAUAAAUUUGUAUAUAUAUUUAGAUGAUAUAUAUUAUCGUAGUGGUGAUAUAUUUAGAUGUAUAAUUCAAGUGAGUGGUCCUGAGAAAUAUAUAGGAAAUAUAAAAUUAGAUUACGUUGUAUUAUAUAUAUAUGGAAUAUGUAUAUUUAAUAAUGAUAUAAUAAAUGUAAGUGAAGAAUUACUAAAAAGACACGACAAUAUACAUUUACCUUUUUAUAAGAAGAAAGAAGAUACAAAUGAAAAGAAAUUUUUAAUAUUUUAUACUAAUUCUAUAAUAUUAUGUAGUGAUAUAUUAUUUAAUAAAUGUAAUAAUAAUUUUUAUUAUUCUUUAGAAUGUUUACUUCCAUAUUUUAUACCACCAACAUAUAAUGGUAACAAUGUAAAAAUUAAAUAUUAUUUAUAUGUUGAAGCACUUAAAAGAUUAUAUAAAAAUACAAAAGAUUUUAUUACAAAAAAAUAUGAAGCUAAUUAUUCAAUACAUAUUAUUAAUACAAAAUAUAAAAAUAAUCCUAUAUUGAAUUUUUCAUAUUAUCCAAUUAAACCAUAUGAUAUAAAAUUAUAUAAAGAAAAUGAGAGACAUACAUAUUUACAUCAUAAUUUUUAUAUUUAUAUAAAAGAAUUGGGGAAUACAAACAAAUUUAUAAAUAAUUCAGAUGAUAUAAAUAAAAAUUAUAUUAAUAAUAAUAAUAAUAAUAUUAUAUAUAAACCAUUAUUAUAUAAAACAAUAUAUAAUAUAUCUUAUAUUCCAACCCAUAUAUAUAAUAAUAUUAAAAAAAGUAAUUUUGAUUGUUUUAUAUGUAUUUAUAAUUUGUUCUCACAAAGAAAAGAAGAUUCUUCUAUCUUCUUAUUAAAUUAUAUCAUUCCCAAUUAUAAUUAUUUUUAUUAUCUACAUUGCUUUUUAUAUAUAAUAUAUCAUUAUAAUUAUUUUAAAAAUAUUCUUAAAUGUAAUCGUAAUUAUAAAAAUUUUUAUUUAUCAACCAUAAAUAAUAAUGUCUCUUUUUUUCUCUCUAUCCUAGACAACAUAGAAAAGGCAAACACAAAGGGAAUCAUGUCAGAUGAAUACAACCAGAGAGAGCACAAUGAAAAGGUAAAUAUAUAUGAUAACACAAAGGGAAUAAUGUCAGAUGAAUACAACCAGAGAGAGCACAAUGAAAAGGUAAAUAUAUAUGAUAACACAGAGGAUACAAAUACAUUUAAUUGUUCUAAUAAAUCAUUAAAUGAAGAAAAAAAAAAAAAUACAGAUAUAUAUCAUAUGAAUGAUAUUCAUCCUAUUAUGUAUGAUGAUAAAGAUUUGCAUAAUUUUUAUUUUUGUAAAUACGAAAAUUUUAUUUUUAAUGAUAUUAUAUAUGAACCUGUUUUAUGGUUUGAUAAUUUAAUUGUAGAUAAUUAUAAUAAAGUUACAACUUCUAAAGAAGAAAAAGAUACACACAUAGAAAAGUCAAAUGAAAUAAUUAAGAAUAAUCAAAAUGGUGACUCUGAAGAUACAACAAAAAGAAAAGAUCAUGAUGAUAAUAACGAAAAAAAUAUUAGAAAAUUAAAAAAUAAUACUAGUUCAAAUGAAAAAAUGUAUGAUUUGUCAAAUGAUAAUGUUAAAAGUGACACAGAAAAGAAAAUAAUUUGUCAGAUGAAUGAAAAAAAAAAUAAAGAUGAAUAUAAUGUGAUAUAUAAUAAUAAAUUUUAUAAAAUGGAUACUAUCAUAAAAUAUAUGAUUAGAAAUAAUAUGUUCAGAUAUUAUAUUAAUAAGAAAAAAAUAAAAAAUGAUUUUAUUACAAAUAAUGUAAAGGAUCAAAAAAAUAUGAAAUAUGAAAACACCAAAAAAAUGAAAAUCAAUUCACCUAAUAUAUAUAAUAUUAAUACGAAUAAUAAAAAUGUUUGUAUUAUAUCAUUAAAGGAUAAAAUAAAUAAUAAAAUAACAAAUGUUUUUAAUUAUAAUAAUAGCAUUAUUAAUAUAAAUAUAAAUUUAAGAAAUUCUCAAAUAUGCACAAAACAUAUUGAUAUAUCUUUAAAAAGGUUAGAAAAAAUUAGAUUGAAAAAAAAAUUUUUUAAUAUAUCAAAAAAUAUAUCUUUUUAUGAUGAAAAUAAUAUUAUAGAAGAAGAAGAUUAUUCAUCUAGUUCUUAUAAAACAACAUCAUAUAAUUCAAAAAAUACGUCUUUAUCAUCUACAUCUAUAUCAUCAUUACAAUUAAAUGUUCCAUCAAAAAAAAAAAAAAAAUCAUAUAAUAAUGUCCUAUGUAGUAAUAAAAUAAUUCUAGAACAACAUAUUAGUACUUUAUCAUGUUGUGAAAAAAAUAUAAAUAUAAUAUUGAAUGAAGAUAUUAUUCCAACAUUUCAAAAUGAUAUAAUAAGUAUAGAUUAUUUUAUAGAUAUGGAUUUUUAUUGUUUCAACAAUAAAGACAAUACAUUACAACCAUUUUCGCUGCAAACAUCUUUUGAUCAUGUUUACAACAUGUCUUUUCGCAUACCUAUAUAUAUUAUAGACACUAUGCAAUAUGAGGGUAGUAUAAACAUGAAUUCUACAAAUUUUUCUACUACUAUGAUAGAAGACGAGCCAUUUGAUAUGCACCAAAUAUAUUUAAGAGAAGGUCAUAAGUAUGACUACGUGGAUAAGAGGUGUUACAUAAAAAAUUUAGAAAUAUGA